AUGUUCUCUGCUCUCAGGCUUUCAAGUGCGUUUUUCGCGCUCCUCGCGCUCCUACCUGUCGGGAAUGUCUGCGUCGGUGCACGCGACAUGGCUUACAUGAAGCACAAACUUCGAGUUAGCCAAUUGGAGGCAGCGAAGAGGUGGGCUCCGAAUACCCGCGCAGACGCAGAGGGCGGUCCGGGGACAGUGAAGAACAUCACCUUCACUAACCCUCGCGCUACAGAAUUUUACGUCGACGGGGCUGCUAUCCCCUUGGUCGAUUGGGAUAUUGGACCCAGCUGGGCGGGGCUGCUGCCCAUCAGUAAUGCCACCGAUGAAACAAGACAGCUGUUCUUCUGGUUCUAUCCCCCUGGUCCGGGAGGCAGUCUCGAUGACCUGAUUUUCUGGACAAAUGGUGGGCCGGGCUGCUCCUCCCUCGAAGGUCUGCUGCAGGAGAACGGACCAAUCAGCUGGAUGUAUGGCCAGGCAAAGCCCACACCGAAUCAGUACAGCUGGACCAACCUCUCCAGCAUACUGUAUGUUGAGCAGCCUGUCGGCACCGGCUUCUCUCAGGAUGAUCUCGCUGUGCAGCUCGUGGGAUUCAUGCAGCAAUUCCUGAAUGUGUUCUCCGAACUGGAGGGAAAGAACCUCUACCUGACUGGGGAAAGCGUGGGUUCUGGUACCACCAUCUUCAAGGAGUAUUCGCUCACUUUUGUACUCCCUUGCGAUUAUGAUGGCAGUAUGCUGGGAUACAUCGCAAACUACAUCUACGAAAAUCCCAGUCUGCUCGAUCUCUCCCUCAAAGGAUUUUGGAUCUCGGAUCCUUCCAUAUCAUGGGACGUCGUUCAGGAGGAGAUUCCCGCCGUUGCCUUCGUGAACAAGUAUUUGAAUGUCUUCUCCUUCAAUCAGACAUUCAUGGACCAGCUGAACGCGCAGGCUGCUCAGUGUGGAUAUACUGAUUAUUACGAGAAGUAUGUCACGUACCCACCGACUAGCUUACUCCCUCUUCCUGGAGACUCCGUGGAGUUUGAUCCAGGUUGCGAUGUUUGGGACGAGAUCUUUAAUGCUGCCGUGAUAGUCAAUCCUGCAUUCAAUAUCUACAGGAUCUUUGACACUUAUCCAAUCUUGUGGGAUGUCCUCGGCUUCCCCGGUUCUUUCCCACAAACUCAAGUCUCCCCGCUGUACUUCAACCGUGAUGAUGUCAAGAGGGCAAUCCAUGCCCCGAUGGAGGUCGACUGGGUCGAAUGUUCUAACAUCAAUGUCUUCCCUUGGGGCGACGCCAGUCCGCCGUCGGCAUUCAGCGUGCUGCCGAACGUAAUCGAGAAGAGCGAGCGCGCCGUUGUCGUGCACGGGCUCGCGGACUUCAUCUUGCUCUCGGAUGGGACGAGGAUUGCUAUCCAGAACAUGACAUGGAACGGCUUGCAAGGCUUUCAGACACCCAUCGCGAAUGAUAGCUUUAUCGUUGAUGGCGUCGGCGCACUCGGAACGUCGCACACCGAGCGGGGGCUGACGUACUACGAGGUUGAACUUAGCGGACAUAUGGUGCCACAAUUUUCUCCUGUGGCUGCAUUGCAGAUCAUGGAGUACUUGAUGGGUUUCAGACAGGAUCCUUGA